AUGUCCAUCAAUACGGGUGUUCAUCUCCGGGACCUGGUCCCGGAGCCGGCAACCAUCCACCCGGACGCCGACCAACACCAAGCCUCGAGCAUACGCGAGAUGCCAAGUGAUUCCCAUGCUCUGGCUUUCUCCGACCCAGGCGAGAAUAAGGGCGCAGCACAGAUUGACCACGAUCAAGAACAGCUCGUCGACUUGGGAUGGCAGAGGGACCCGAAAGAGAUGCCAGACAAUCUAAUUGCCGGAAUCGACAACGAGGACCUCUGGACAUUUAUACGGAGGUUUGACAAGCAAGUCUUCUUCCUCAAGGAGACGUCUGAUGUUCCGGUUGGUGAACUGGAUUUCUACCUGGCCGACGGGGCCGAGUUCUCUGCCAACAAGCUCCGCAGUCAAUUUGAGAGGUUAUACAUGGGCAUGAUCCUGGGACUUAUUGCAUCAGCCAAACAUGUCGCCCGGCUAAGAUCGUGGCGUGAGCCCAGAAGAACAGGAAUCUUUUGCGCCGCAUACCUCACUGCAUGGGCAAUUGACUUGCUAUUCCCACUCCUUUUCGCCUCCGUCAUCGCGCUUAUCAUCUCCGAGCGCGCUCGCAACCUAGCCUUCCCACCCGCUCCCGUAUCCCUCGUCGACAGGCACACGGGCGGACCUACAAAGCCCGAGUCCGGCGUGCUCGGCUCCGUCGACUCCGCGACCGGCGCCCCCGAGCACAGCAAAGGCGAAACAGUCGAGAACGAGGCCAGCAACUUUGUGACGGGCGUCGCGGGCAUCGCCGUCAACACGCUGACCGCUCAGGAUCCCAAGAGUCAGCCUGAUAACGAGGAAGGAGAGAAGCACAUGACCGAUGACAUGCCGGACCCAGACGAGGCGGCCACUGCUAUCGCAUCGGCAAAGGACAAGGCGGCUGGCGUGCCGAAGCCAUCACAGGACAAGACAAAGCAGCCUAUGGAGACGCUUAUGUGGUCGAAAAUGAGACCGCUGCUCCACAUGAUGACAUUGACGUCGGACACAUACGAGCGAUUUGCAAACGCGUUGUCUCCAUCACCCCCUUUUCAUCCGUACCUGCACAAGCUACGUCUUGCGUCAACGGUCGCACCAUUGUUCCUUGCAUCGCUUUUUAUGUCGGCACACACAGUGAAUAGAAUUAUCUCACUUGUAUUCGGCUUUGUCUUCUUUGGUGACCCUGUCAUCAGUUCCGUGACGAACUGGCUUGACUGGGCGUACCCCAACUGGAGAAAGGUAUUACACAUUAACAACACGCUCCUCAAAGGCGUCCCUACCAACGCACAAGUCGCAAUCACCCUCCUCCGCCAUGCCGAGGCGAACCGCUGCCCCUUGCCGCCACCUCCACAGAUCACCGGACCACCCCCUAAGAACCCGAUAGACCUGGGCGACCCGAACGUAAUCGAGGCUGCGCCGGGCGGAGACCGGCCCCUGGCCGCAUCAGAUCACGACCUCGACGACGCUGCCGAGCGCGACGAUGAAAAGUUGGACCGUGCCGGGGGCGAGGAUCCAGAACUCACGUCGACGCAGAACAAGCACAGCGGCAAGGCUAGCAAGCUGCUCGGUUUGCUCAGGGGAGGGACCAAGGUAGGAGUCAAGGCCGGGCUGGCGGUCAACAAGGCAAGGUCAAAGGUUGGGACGAACAAGCAGUCGGCCAAGAACAGGCUAGGAGCUGUGCCAGACAAGGAAGACAUCAGCAACGAACACGCUGAAGGAGGCCCAGUGAGGUUCUCUGGCCGCUGGGAGGGGAAGGAGGGGUUCGUGUGCGUGGCGUGGCAGGACGGAGAGCCGGUGGUGUCGUUUUCUGACAUUAAGACGGCGACUGCGGCGCGGCGGGCUGCGGGAGAGAAUCCAGAUGGACCUGGUUCUAACGACGCGAAUUUGAUGCAGCUGAACCCUGCUUGGGUGGUUCCCGUGGGACAAAUCAAGGAGCUCAAAAAGCAUGCUGGAUUCGGGGUCAAGAGCAAGCUGGCCAUCGGUUGGGCUCUUGAGCGAGAUAUCAACGACGGUCUCGAAAUCAUUGACAGGUCGGGAGAGUCGAAGGUGCUGACGGCGGUUCCCAAGAGGGAUGAGCUGUUCAACAGGCUGUGCGCCAUGGGAGGACAGAAGUGGGAGCUGUGGUAG